CUUUACGGCAAGCGGGAACGCCCCACAGACUUGUAGUUCAUCCGCUAAUGUCGACAAUUUAAAUCAUAUAUUAAGCUUUGUCGUGUUAAAAAUUGUUUUCUUUGAGAAAAGUUAAAUCUGGACUAAAACAAGACAAUGACCAAAAGAAAAUCAAAGACUACAGCAGAGUUCAGACCCCCUAAGAGAGCGCAGCCCAGAGCAAAACGACAGAGAAGCACUGAAGAAACAAUCCUGCAGUCUGCAGAUGAAACUCAGAUUCAGACACCACAAUCAGAAAACAACAACUCCCACAAUGCAUCAUGCUCAGACAAGCUGGAUGAGCAUCAGCCUGGACAGAGCACAUUACAAAAAGGUCAGAAAACAGAGUUCCCUGUUGAUCCUUCUUGUUCACUGGAAGAAAAAACAUGCAAUGGUGACAGUGAUGAGGAUGGAAAUGACACUAACCCACCUGAGGUUUCUCAUGAGAUUGAACAAACUGCAGAGAUCGCAGUACAAACCCCAGAACCUAACAAUAGUGACAAGUACGCUCUCUCUAGACAUUUAAAUGUGGAAGCUACCAAUGAAGAUCCGCCUGACGUAGACCUGGAAGAUGAAGAAAGUGAAAUCGCAAGCAAUUCAAACCAUGAAUCCCAGAAGGUCCCGGAUGACUCUGAAUUACCAUCAGAUGAGUGUCAGGACAGUAUAGACACUGAACCCAAGAUGGCUGAACGAUUAGGGUCUUCAGACAUCAUAGCUGAGACCUCAGUUGAUGAGACAGUAAUUCAGAUGACUGAAGAUGCAGGUUCUGCAGAUCCUAUAGUAAAGAGGAAAAUCAGAAAGAGGAUGGGAAUGUGUCGGCUUGGAGAAAGGAAGAGGAUGCUCAAGGGACAGCCGACUAGAGGGAAUGUAUUUGGAGGAGGACAGGAGAACGAGGCAGGUCAAGGUAUUAAUGAGGAGUCGGUCAUGAUGAGUGACGAUUUAAAGAAGGAUGGCUCCGUCUCUCUCGAAGAUGAGGGAACUACUGAGUCAGAGGUUUCAGCAUCCCCCUUCCCAACCCCUUGCCCAUUGGAGGGUAUACCUGUACAGGAGGAACUGCCUGAUGUGCAGUAUGGGAAUGAUGUUCAAGUUCAGAUAUUGGUGGAAGGCAUGUCAAGCGAUCAAGAAAUUACUCAUGAAACUGACAACACAAUCCUUUCCCAUGCUGAUGAUACUCUUGUGGAAACUGAAACUGAAUGUGUGGAGCAAAGCUCUAAUGAAAGCAACAUUAGAGAAGAUAAGCCAGAAAUGUGCGAUGAUUUCACAACUGAGAUGGGUACCGAAGUGACUGUAGAUCUAGCUGAAGUUUGCAAGGAAUCAGCCGAUGUUUUGGCUCAAGAUGCAGUUGUGAUAGAAGGUCCACUUGAAGUUCUCAAAGAGACCGCCGAAGCCUCAGCGUCCACUUCUGAGGUUGCUAAUCAUUUUGAAGAACUACUUGUUGUGGGAGGCAAUGAGAUGGAGUUUGAGGAGUGCUGUCCAUCUGAACGUGACAUGAACACUUAUAUCAGCAACCACACCAAUGAACACUGUGCGGAGUCCAUGGAUAUUGCAGCCAAUGAGACCAUCAGUGCACUUCCUGUAAUCAACCAGAUAGAAGAUAAGUGUGAGUCUUUGGACUGUACUUUGGUUGCUGCAGCUGUAACACCUGAGAAGAACACAGUGAACUGUGAGGACAGCUGCAUCUGGAGUUUGUCCUUGCCUGCAGCCCCACCUUGUGGUGAAGAUUAUGAAGUGCAAUCAGUUACAGAGCAUGAUGGUUUACUGAGUGACGCUCAUGAGCCUCAUCCGAGUCCUGUCGCUGAACCUGAUCCCUCCAGCCCUUUAUCCAUCGACUCUGUGACAGAUUCCCAGCUCAACAACAUCCCUCUGAGUUUGGAGGACCUCCCAAUCUCAGAAGCCGCUUGUGAUCUGGAAGAUGCCACAGAGAUGGUGUGCGGCCUAAUCAGAGAUCUCGCCUCUCUGAAUCAGAUAGUGAGGGAUGCGCACAGGAAGAUUGGAGUUCUGCAACAAGGCAGAAAACCUCCAAGACCACAGUUUCGCUGCAUGUAUGGCCCUCCACACUAGAAAUAUUGACACCUUUUGAGUUUCUGAAUAUGUUCUAACAUAGGAUAUAGUGGACAAAAAAUGUUUUGAUAAAAAAAAAAAAAAACUGUAUAAUUUGCACUGGUUUAGAUUGAUUUUGCUAGCAACCACUUGUUCACAUCUUUGUGUCAUCUUGCAUAGAGCUGUUCUGUUUCAGUAAGAUGAAGUUAAUUUUUCUUAAGUUCAAGCAAAGUAGGAAACAUUGUAAUUCUGUCAAUCACAGGUUGUGACCCCUAGACUGAAGAGUUGUAAUUUUAGCAACUGGUAAAUCCCUUAAAUCUGUCUGUCCUCCUUUGCAAACUUUAAUUUAUUAUAAUUUGUUUAGUAAACUUUCCUGUUUUUGUUGUGGUAUUUGAUUCGGUAUCAUAUUUAUUUUGUAAAACUAGACCUCAUUGAGCUAGUGUCAACAGAAGUGCUGUGAUAUUACACAUCACACAUAAAAAGAGUUCUAAAAGUGAAAAUAUUUAUAUAUUUUUCCAUUUAACUCAAUUCUUUAGUGUAACUUGGUAUUUUAAAAAACACAUGCAUUUCACAGUGUGAUGAACAAAACCAGAGGAUCAUGAUCUGCAGCACAAUUAAAUCAGAACCUGAAGAACGAGAGAAAACAAGAUUUUGAUAUUUUGUUAUUGAUGCAAGACACAUGCAGCUCUAAAGAGUAAAACACCUAAUAUUAACAGUAAAAUAUUUCUUUUUUAAACAUUGAUACAAAAAAAAGGGGUUAUAUCAAAUACAAAUUUGUCAAAAACAGAUUGUAGAAAAAGCGCUCAAACGGUUGCACCUGUAGCAAGCCUAAUGGCUGGUGUACAAGUUUGUUAAAAGAGAAAAAGUGAAACACACAAGACCAUAGUGCACACAACUGAAAUACAAAGAAAAAGACCGCAAAAAAAAUAAAAAAAUAAAAA